AUGACAACAAGAAUUGCUUCAUCAGGCCUUUUGGGUUUAGGGACCGGUUCGGUUAUUGCGUUUUUUUUCUGGGGUCGCUCUGACCAAUAUAAUAAUCCUGGACAAACAGCAGUUCAAACUGAUGAAGGCCGGGGACUUGGAGGAAAGCCCCCAGGAGGCAUUCAAGUCUAUGGUACAGGCGUAAAUCCUUCCGGAUUUUUCAAAUAUGGUUUCCCAGGACCGAUUCACGACUUGCAAAAUCGUGAAGAGUUUGUUUCUUGUUAUGAUAGAAGAACUCGCAUGCCGUACUGGGUUGUGGAGCACGUUACUGCUGCAUCGCUAAAGAAUAGAAAUGGUGACAGAAAAAACUCAUUUUUUAAAGAAGAUGAGAUAAUUCCUGAUAGUUUCAGAGCUAGAUUAAAGGAUUAUUUUAGAUCUGGGUACGAUAGAGGUCAUAUGGCACCCGCUGCUAAUGCCAAAUUUUCUCAGAAAGCCAUGGACGAAACAUUCUUCUUAACUAACGUAUGUCCUCAAAUUGGUGACGGUUUCAAUCGUGAUUACUGGGCUCAUUUUGAAUAUUUUUGCCGAACUUUGACAAAUAAGUAUCAUGAUGUUCGCAUUGCAAGUGGUCCUUUGUUCUUACCCAAGCAGGGAGCAGAUGGCAAGUUCAGAGUUAGCUACGAAGUCAUUGGUAAUCCUCCUUCAAUUGCUGUACCUACACAUUUUUUUAAAGUCAUUGUUGCCGAAAACUCGAAGUCUAAACCCGAAUCUGGUGACGUAGCAGUUGCAGCGUUUGUUUUACCCAACGAACCCAUUCCAAAUGAAAGGAAACUAAUUGAUUUUGAAGUUCCUAUCAAUGCAGUUGAGAGAUCGUCCGGUUUACAGUUUCUUCAGAAAUUGCCCGCUUCUCGUAAGAAGAAUUUGUGUGAAGAAAUUGACUGCCACAUUAUAGUAAGGGAAUUCAAGAAAGCUCUACCUCCUUCUAAAAGCUUGCCUGUCCUGCCACCCGGUAGGAGUUGA